CUCUCCGCCCCCUCUCAACCACACUAGCGGCCAGUACUUGCCCUUGCUUCCACAAGUACCCUCUCGGUACCGUAACAAAGCGGACGUGCCCUUGUGCACGGCGGCCGACGCGACCCUCUAAUGGCCAUACAGCAGGCCGCGUAGAACUCUCCCACCCCCUCUCUCGCCGCGGAGAUGCUGAGCGGCGCCACCAGUCAGGCCAGGCCGAGGCUGAGCCGCCUCUUCCUCGCGCCGGCUACCACAACGGCACCACUACUACCAGCACCACUAGUACCGACGUUGAUGUGGAACGCGGGCGGCCGCCGACUGAGGUCCACGUCGUCCCUGCAGGGCUUCUCCGAAUUGGCUCGAGAGCGCUCCAAGACCGUGACGUCGUUUUAUAACCAGUCUGCCAUUGACGUUUCCGCGGAGAAGGCUUCAGUGCGACUCACCUUAGCAACUUUGCUGUACGCAGGCAAGUCACCGGACGGACAUCACAUUCUGAGCAGCGCCAAGUACCUGCAUAAGGAGCUCCCUGUGCGGAUCGCUCACCGCAUCAAAGGCUUUCGGAGCCUGCCCUUCAUCAUUGGAUGCAACCCAACCAUCCUCCAAGUGCACGAACUCUACAUCAGAGCAUACCACAUGCUCAGCGACUUUCCUACUAUCAAGGAUCAGGACGUUGAGGCUCGCUUCUGCAAGCUGGUGCAGCAGCUGCUGGACGACCACAAGGACGUGGUCACCAUGUUAGCUCAGGGAUUCCGGGAAUGUCGCAAGCAUAUUCAGGAUGAGACGAUACUGCGCAACUUCCUGGACACAACGCUGUGCUCUCGCCUGGGAAUUCGUAUGUUGGCCACGCACCACCUCGCUCUGCAUGAAGACAACGCUGACUUUGUGGGCAUCAUCUGCAGACGUUUGUCCCCAAAGAAGAUCAUUGAGAAGUGGGUUGACUUUGCUAGGCGUCUGUGCGAGCAUCAGUACGGCAACUCUCCCAGAGUUCGCAUCAAUGGCCACGUGGCAGCACGCUUCCCCUUCAUACCGCUGCCGCUUGACUAUAUCUUGCCCGAGCUGCUUAAAAAUGCCAUGAGGGCGACCAUGGAGAGCCACUUGGAUACGCCUUACAACGUACCCGACGUGGUGGUCACCAUCGCCAACAACGACAUGGACUUUGUCAUUAGGAUUUCAGACCGCGGCGGCGGAAUCCCGCAUGGGAUCAUCGACAAGGUGAUGGAUUACCACUUCAGUACAGCCGAGGAGAGCGCGCAGGACCCUCGCAUGAGCAAUUUGUUUAACAACAUCACCAACAGCGGCAACCAGUCCGGACCCAUGCACGGGUUUGGCUUCGGGCUGCCGACGUCACGCGCGUACGCCGAGUACCUCGGUGGCUCUCUGUCCAUUCAAUCCAUGCAGGGCAUCGGCACCGACAUCUACCUGCGACUGCGCCACAUCGACGGCAAGGGCGAAAGCUUCCGUGUGUAAAUCGCCUUCGCUGCCAUUCCUUCAAUUUUUUUCUUUUUUUGCCUCCUUUCUUUUUCUGUUUUUUGCCUUAGACUGAUUAUAAGCUAUGUUAGCUCUCAAAUUGCGGACUUGUCUCAUGUUUUCAAUUAUCGGGACAAACUGUGCAUGAUGGCAUUAAAGAAAGUUACUGGUUAUGAAGACACUCCAGCAAGGAUGAAAGAUGAAGGAUCAUCACAGCUGCCAAAAUAGUAUAUAAAAGAACACGUUCUUCAUUUUUGGAUUGGUAGAAUGUUGUUUGUUUUUGGGGAAAGAGUAUUGCCUUUUUCACCGCAAUGUUCCUCCCUUUGGUUCUUGUUGCCUUUAGUUGCUUUUUGUACUGUAAGUAACUUUUGCUAUGUUAGUAAGUACUGUUUUGUCCUUUUUUUAUUUUUAUUUUUUAAACUCAUUGGUCACCAUUGACAGCAAUAGACUUGAGAGGGUGGCACCGAACGAACAUUCAUUCAUUCGCUGCCACCUUCCAAGAUCAAAUGGUUUGGACGUGUACGAGUGAUAAACUUGUUUAACAUCAUCAAUGGCACUGAAAGAGUUAACUUUUUCCAGGAAUUUUGGAAACUCAUCCUUUUAGUUGGCCAACACAAGUCUUGAAUAGAAAAAUGUGAUGUCUCCAAUUAUUUUGACAAUUUCCGGUGCUGUUGAGACAAUCUUGACAUUAUUCAGACAUUUUUUAACGGACACUUCCAAGUUUGUAUGGUUACAUUUUUGUGUAAAUAUGUAGUUGUAAUGCAUGUGGGACUUAGAACAGCUCAAGGAAAAUUGUUAAAGGCGAGUGAGUGCGCCAUCUGCUGGUGGAGAAAACCCAGCUGACUGAAAAAAAAUACAUUGACUUGCGAACAUGUAGGUUGCAGACGUCAUGACUGUACAUUUUCCCCGUUAGAGAAAUAGCAAUUAUUUCCAGCAAAAGUGUGGAUCACGACUGUUUCAUUUACUAUUUUGCUAACAGUUUUUUUUCCUUGUUUCACCACAUUAAAAUUUGUGUUCUAA